AAAUGAAUUGUUAUCAUUAAAAGAUAUGGGAUUCUUACGAGGAAAAUUCAAAGAAAGAAUAAAUUGGAAAGCUUUAGCCUUAAAUAGUAUAGCGAUUUUGAAAGAUAAAAUCAAGAAGAAGGAUAUACGGCCACAUGAAUAUAUUUUCACAAAAAUAAGCAAUAUAGAUGUUGAUGAAUUAUCAAACGAUGACCCAUUAUAUAUUGGAAUAAUCGAUCUUAGUUUAGACAAAUAUAAUAUUCCGGAGAGUGAUUACGAAUCUCUUGUUGUACGUAUAUUUUUUCUUUAUGAAGUGAACAUUAUUGGUUCUGAGAUCGAAGAUAAGAAGGCUAAUAUAAGAAAUUUGAGCAAAGAUGUUGUGGUAAAGAAUAUAUGUAAUGAUUUUAUAUCAAAGAGGAAUGACGUUCAGAAAUUACGGAAAUUUGUAUUGCUUUCGAGGGACGUAGUGACGCAUGAUCAAUGGGUUGAGGACGAUCAUAUUAAGGAACAUAUAGCACGUGGAAUUACUGAUGUUCUUUUGCAAAAAAUUAAGUUGAAUGUACUCCGAAGAGUUUCCAGAGGUUCGGAAAACACACUAAUGGAAAUUAUUGCUUGUUUGAUAGAUAUGGCUAUACAUCACUUACCUAUGGAUUAUGAGGUUGAAGUUAUCAGGGCCGAACGUCAAAGUACAGCUAGCAAAAAUUGCAAAGCUUAG